UACAGUAGCUCUACAGUCCUAUCAAAAGGAGGUAUAGCAAGAAUAAUUCAAAAUGAAAGUCUUCGUUGCCCUAUCAUGCUUGUUAGCUGUUGCAUCAGCUGGAUUAGUUGUAUCACCUCAUAGUGUGCUCAUCCAACCCCAACAUUUACCCAUCAUUGACUCAAAUGGUGUUCCAGUAGAACCUUUAGUCAACCAAGUUGCUCGUGCCCAACAUGCCGAACUUCGACUUGCCGCUCAACUUCGUAACGGUGAUGCUGCAUUAGUUGGUGCUCCACUUGCUCUUGCCGCAGCUUCCCCAGUAGCUGUAGCUCACUCAGCACCUCUUGCUGUUGCUGCUCACAGUACUAUCUUAGCUGCACCACAACACUUACCAGUUAUUGAUGCAAAUGGUGUUCCAGUAGAACCAUUGGAAAAUCAAAUUGCUCGUGCUCAAAAUGCUGCUGCUCAUAUCAACGCUCAUGCUCGCAACGGAGAUCUCGCUAUUCUUGGCCGUAAAAAACGUGGAAUAAUCGCUCCAUUGGCUUAUGCUGCCCCACAACACUUACCACUCAUUGACUCAAACGGAGUACCAGUGGAACCUUUAGUCAACCAAGUUGCUCGUGCACAACAUGCUGAACUCCGACUUGCUGCUCAACUCCGUAAUGGUGAUGCCGCUUUAGUUGCAAGUCCAAUUGCUCUUGCCGCCGCUCCCUCACCACUUGCCCUCGCUGCCCACGGUGCUGUUUUAGCCGCUCCACAACACUUACCAGUACUUGAUGCCAAUGGUGUCCCAGUUGAACCAUUAGCAAACCAAAUUGCCCGCGCACAAAACGCUGCUGCUCACAUCAAUGCCCAUGCUCGUAACGGAGACGCUAUUGCCAUCCUUGGACGUAAAAAACGUGGAAUCAUCGCUCCAUUAGCUUAUGCUGCUCCACAACACUUACCAAUCAUUGACUCAAACGGAGUACCAGUAGAACCAUUAGUCAACCAAGUUGCACGUGCUCAACACGCUGAACUCCACCUUGCAGCUCAACUUCGUAAUGGUGAUGCCGCUUUAGUCGGUGCUCCAGUAGCUUUAGCCGCUGGCCCAGUAGCUGUAGCUCAUUCAGUUCCAAUUGCUGUAGCACAUUCAGCUCCACUUACUGUUGCGCAUGCCGCUCCACUUGCCGUAGCUCAUUCAGUAGCCGUACCAGCUUCUAUUACAUCAGUCUCACAUGUUGGACGUGUACCAUUAGACACACCAGAAGUAGCUGCCGCUAAAGCCGCUCAUUUGGCCACCAAAUCUGGACUCAUCUUGUAAAACAUUUUCUAAUGUUGACAAGACGAUUAACCACCGUUAAUGUAUGAUUUGAAUAAUUGUCUAUAGAGCCGCUGUCAAUUUCUUUUUACUGUUUUUUACGCAAUUUAUUUUCAAAAAUAUUUGAUAAAAGACCUGUCGCACAGCUUUUCUAUAUGACAAACAAUGUGAUAUCAUUUUGUUUACAAAUAA